CAAAAGUAAAGAUGGCCGACUUGUUGAAUGCAUGCAGGUUUACAAAAACGUAAACGUCAGAGGACGUUCUUUGUUGUUUGAAGUGUCAGUCACCCUAUAUUUCGUUGUGUUGUUAUGAAGUUUCUCGCUAAUUAGCUAUAAGAGGUAGCAUGGCUGAGUUAACGACGUGGGUUUCCGAUAAACUACACGAUGUACUAGGUUUCUCGGAUAGGUACACGGUAGAAUACCUGAUCGGACUAGCCAAAAAUUCCACCAGUGUUGAAUCUCUCGUACAGAAGGUAUCAGAAGUAGACAACAAGAUGACUUCCUUUGCUCAAGAGCUGUGGUCGAAGCUACCGCAUAAGACACAGCCAGUAGAACACCCGUACAGGGCGAAGGAAAGAGCCAUUCUUGAAGAGAGAAAGAAGUUUCAGGGUUAUUCAUUGGUGUCUGAUGACGAUGACGAAGAAGAGGAAAUGAGUAAAGCCAAAGCAUCUAAAAAGGAUAGAAAACGGAAGCAUCUGCGAAGGAAAACAGAAUCAUCCAGCUCUGAUGAGGGUUCUCUUGGUGAUGAUACACGAGCUUCAAAGGAUGUUGGUAAUGAGUCAGACUCGGAUGAAUGGGAAAGGGAAGAAGAGGAAAGGCGAAAAGACUUGGAAGAGAGGGAUGCGUUUGCUGAUAGACUGAAGAAACGUGAUAAGGAGAAGACCAGGAAUAUAAUGGAGAGAUCAGACAAGAAGGCUUUUGAGGAGGCAGCUAAAAGACUUAAAAUGGACGAGGAGGAUAGAAAGAAAAUGAUUCCUGAUUUGAGAAAAAAGUCUCGCCGAGAUUACGUCAAAAAACGGCGGGUGGAUAAACUCGAAAUGCUCCAGGAGGACAUUCGUGAUGAUGAGUACUUGUUUGAGGAUGCUCAGAUCAGCAAAAGGGAAAAACAUGAACGAGAAUAUAAGAAAAAAAUUUACCAUUUGGCAGCAGAGCAUGCCAAAGCUGGAGAACUGGAAAAAGUUCAGAGAUACGAAAUGCCACAGGAAAAUCAGAAACCUGCCAAAUAUGAUGAGAGUGCAGUGGAAGAACUGGGACCUAAUUACGAGCAGAAGAAGUGGGAGGAAGACAAGCUUGGUUAUGCUGUUAUGAAAUUUGGCGCCAAAGACGCCAAGGACAAGAACAAGAAAAAGGAUUAUGAUCUUGUUGUGGAUGAAGAUCAGAUUAAUUUUGUAAUGGCUGAACAGAUUCCAGGGACAAAAGAGAAGCAGGAACCAGAGAUGAAUGACUAUCAAAAGAAAAGACUUACAAUUGAAGAGACAAAAAAAAGUUUACCAGUUUACCCAUAUAGAGAAAGCCUUAUUGAAGCCAUCAGAGAACAUCAGGUUAUUAUCAUUGAAGGAGAGACAGGCUCAGGAAAGACCACUCAAAUUCCGCAAUACCUUCAUGAAGCAGGCUUUACCAAGGGGAGGAUGAAAAUUGGUUGUACACAGCCUCGACGAGUCGCAGCAAUGAGCGUAGCUGCAAGAGUAUCCGAAGAGAUGGGUACAAAAUUAGGGAAUGAGGUUGGAUACAGUAUCCGUUUCGAAGAUUGCUGUUCAGAGCGAACCAUAAUAAAGUACAUGACUGAUGGAAUGUUGCUGCGUGAGUUCUUGGGUGAACCCGAUCUGGCUGGAUACAGUGUGCUUAUUAUCGACGAAGCUCACGAACGAACCCUCCACACUGAUGUGCUAUUUGGCCUGGUGAAGGACAUUGCUCGAUUCCGAAAAGAUCUUAAACUUCUAAUAUCCAGUGCGACUUUGGAUGCUGACAAGUUUUCUCAGUUCUUUGAUGAUGCACCCAUCUUUAGAAUUCCUGGUCGACGAUUUCCUGUGAAUAUUUAUUACACAAAGGCUCCAGAAGCUGAUUAUCUGGAAGCUACGGUGGUGACUGUGCUACAGAUUCAUGUGACCCAACCCCCGGGGGACAUCCUGGUGUUUUUGACUGGCCAGGAAGAGAUCGAGACGUCACAGGAGUUGUUACAGGAGCGCACGCGCAAACUGGGCUCUAAAAUUAAUGAGCUGAUUAUUCUGCCCAUCUACGCUAAUCUACCGUCGGACUUACAAGCCAAGAUAUUCGAGCCCACCCCUCCUGGGGGAAGAAAGGUUGUUUUAGCUACCAAUAUCGCCGAGACGUCGCUAACCAUUGAUGGUAUAAUAUAUGUUAUUGAUCCUGGAUUUUGUAAACAGAAGAGUUACAAUCCACGCACAGGAAUGGAGUCAUUAGUGGUGACACCUAUUUCAAAAGCGUCAGCCAAUCAAAGAGCGGGUCGUGCGGGUCGCGUGGCAGCAGGCAAGUGUUUCAGGUUAUUCACAGCUUGGGCAUACAAGAACGAGCUGGAGGAGAACACCAUCCCCGAAAUCCAGAGAACUAACUUGGGAAAUGUAGUUCUACUCCUGAAGAGCUUGGGUAUCAACGAUUUGAUUCAUUUUGAUUUUAUGGACCCCCCUCCGGCUGAGACCCUUAUUAUUGCUCUCGAGCAGCUGUACGCCCUGGGAGGACUGAACCAUCACGGGGAACUUACAAAGCUUGGACGUCGCAUGGCAGAAUUUCCCGUUGAACCAACAAUGUCUAAAAUGUUGAUAGCAUCAGAAAAGUACAAAUGUGUCGAACAGAUUCUUACCAUCACUGCUAUGUUAUCAGUGAACAACGCCAUUUUCUACCGUCCCAAGGAUAAAGUGGUACACGCAGACAACGCGCGCGUAAACUUCUUUCGUCCAGGCGGUGAUCAUCUGACAUUGUUAAACGUGUACGAUCAGUGGGUGGAGACUGGGUACUCUACUCAGUGGUGCUACGAGAAUUUCAUACAGCAUCGCUCUAUGAAGAGAGCACGAGACGUUAGGGAGCAGCUAGAGGGGCUGAUGGAGAGAGUAGAGAUUGAAAUUACGUCGAACCCAAAUGACUCCGUUCCUAUUAGAAAGGCGAUCACAUCGGGUUACUUUUAUCACACUGCCAGACUAGGCAAAAGUGGCCAGUAUCGGACGGUGAAACAUCAACAGACAGUCAUGAUUCACCCGAACAGCAGUCUGUUCCAGGACCAGCCCAGAUGGGUGAUCUACCACGAGCUUGUGUUCACCACUAAGGAGUUCAUGAGACAGAUCAUAGAGAUCGAAAACAAAUGGCUACUGGAGGUAGCGCCUCACUAUUACAAAGCCAAGGAACUAGAAGACAGCUCCAGUAAGAAAAUGCCCAAGACUGCUGGAGUCACGAGAGAGCAAGCCAGGUCGACCACGUGAUUUUAGGUUGUGUGUUAAAUAAUAUGUUGUGUCACGCCAGUAUCAGACUAGUUCUGGCUCGAGUGGAACCAACUGUGUUGGACCUAAGAUGAUCUUGUGUCUUCUGACUUGUUGUAUCGUUUCGUAAAGGAUGUGCGUCGGGGAGUGAUAGACUCCAGAUUUCAGCGAUAAACACUGUUGUUGCCAUAUUAAAGCAACUUUUUUUAUGUGGUUUAA